GACGUUAUGUCACUUUAACAACUAGUGGCGGAAGUGAGCCAGGUUUUGUUGGUUAAUGGCGGAAGGAGAUUUCUCCUGGCUUCCUAAGCAUGUUGUUGUUCUGUCCGACGUGCGGGAAUGUGCUGAUCGUGGAGGAGGGGCAGAAAUGUUACCGGUUCGCCUGUAAUACCUGUCCAUAUGUGCACAACAUAAACCGAAAGGUCACUAGCAGAAAGUAUCCCAAACUCAAGGAGGUUGAUGAUGUUUUGGGAGGCUCUGCAGCAUGGGAAAAUGUUGAUUCAACUGCAGAAACCUGUCCAAAAUGUGAGCAUCCACGUGCCUUUUUCAUGCAGAUUCAGACCCGUUCAGCUGACGAGCCAAUGACUACAUUUUAUAAAUGCUGCAAUUUACAGUGUGGACAUAGGUGGAGAGAUUAAAUUGUCCUUUCCUUAAGUUUACUUGUGUUUAAUAAUUAAUUCCAUAACAAGCAAUAAAGCUUAUUUUUUGUUUAUUUUAA